AUGUUAGUCGUGAAACUAAAGAUCUGCCGAAAACCCGACUCUUCAAUCCCGUACAAAUUCAUCACCGUCUACAACAUCGACAAUCACGAACUUGGCCAUGACCUACACUGGAACUACAACAUGGAUCCAGUCACUAACCAGUUCAAGACUUCGCUAUCUUCGAAAUCUUUAGCUGCUGCCAUUUACCUGGAUAAAUGCACCACGAACAGCAAAAGGGAAUACUUUUUGUCAAACUUGCGACACUAUCUUAAUGCUUACAACCUAACCAUCGAUGUAUAUGGCCCUUGUGGUGAUUUUAAAUGUGGAAGAACCAGCUUGAAGCCCUGCUUCUAUAGAAUAAGGACCACUUACUACUUUUACUUGGCCCUAGAAGAUUCUAUAGCGACUGAUUAUAUUACAAAGUCUGUGCUGUUUGCGUAUGACAACAAUGCUGUGCCUGUAGUGCUCGGUGGAGCUCAGUAUCACAGAUACCUACCCCCAGACUCCUACUUAGACGGCACACAACUUGGUGAAGAGAUACUAGCGAAAGUAAUGUACGAGGCCAUUCAUAACAAAACUAAAUACUACGAUUUCUUCAAAUGGAAGAACCACUACAGCAUCAAGGAAUCUGAAGUACUUAACGCUUGUCCUCUAUGUGAGUUCCUGAACAAUGAAGGCUGGUUGAAAACAGGAGAAAGUUACCUGUACUUCAGAAAAUGGUGGAACCCAUUCUUUGCUGAAAGAUGCGGCCUCGAUAAAAGAUAUGUCGUACUGUAA